CACACAGAACCCCUCUUCCUCUUCCCUGUGUCUCACAGCGUCGCGCUCCCAAUAAAGCUUGACUGUUGAAGUUGAAAGCGAGCAAGGGGAAACUGGGGUGCGGUGAUUCUGCGCCUGCGCACUGCAGCCGGCAGGUGGCGGGUGUUGUUGUUCGGCGGUAGAGGCGGCAAGAUGGCGGCGCCCGGGGGCUCCGCUGCCGCCUCAGCGUUGAAGGGGUUAAUCCAGCAAUUCACCGCCAUCACGGGUGCUACUGAAAGUGCAGGCAAGCAUAUGCUUGAAGCAUGCAACAAUAAUCUGGAAAUGGCUGUCACUAUGUUCCUUGAUGGUGGAGGGAUAGCAGAGGAGCCCAGCACUAGUUCUGCAAGUGUAUCAAACCUUCGACCACAUGCAGAAGAUGAAGUAAGAGCACCUAUUCCUCAAAAACAGGAAAUUCUGGUAGAACCUGAGCCUUUAUUUGGUGCUCCAAAAAGACGCAGACCUGCUCGUUCAAUAUUUGAUGGUUUUCGGGAUUUCCAGACAGAAACAAUUCGGCAGGAACAAGAGUUGCGGAAUGGAGGAGCAAUAGACAAGAAACUCACCACCCUUGCAGAUCUCUUCAGGCCUCCAAUUGAUCUGAUGCAUAAAGGAAGUUUUGAAACGGCCAAGGAGUGUGGUCAGAUGCAGAACAAGUGGCUCAUGAUUAACAUACAGAAUGUGCAAGAUUUCGCCUGUCAGUGUCUCAACCGUGACGUUUGGAGCAACGAGGCUGUGAAAAACCUUAUCAGAGAGCACUUCAUUUUCUGGCAGGUGUACCACGACAGUGAGGAAGGACAACGAUACAUACAGUUCUACAAACUAGCAGACUUCCCUUAUGUGUCUAUCCUGGACCCUAGGACAGGACAGAAGCUAGUUGAGUGGCACCAGCUAGAUGUAACUUCUUUUUUGGACCAAGUGACUGGGUUCCUAGGUGAGCAUGGACAACUGGAUGGACAUUCCACUAGCCCUCCCCAGAAGCGUUCUCGUUCUGAGAGUCUCAUUGAUGCGAGUGAAGAUAGCCAGCUGGAAGCUGCCAUCAGAGCAUCUUUACAGGAGACACAUUUUGACUCUGACCAAGUCAAGCAGGAAAGCAGAUCAGAUGAAGAGUCUGAAUCGGAGCUUUUCUCUGGAAGUGAGGAAUUUAUUUCUGUUUGUGGUUCUGAUGAUGAUGAGCCAGAGAAUCCUGCCAAGUCUAGGAAAUCUCCACAUAAGGAUUUGGGCUGUAGAAAAGAGGAAGGCAGAAGGCCCCAACCUGAGCCCACAGCAAGGACUGAACCAGAGGUGGUAACAAACCACCGAGGACUAUCUUGCAUGGAUUCUGGGGUAGUAGAGGAGAUUGGGGCUAAGCCAGAAGCAGAAGUGAAGGAACUUAAUGUGAACGGACCAAAGGCACAGCUAAUGCUAAGGUAUCCAGAUGGGAAGAGGGAACAAAUUUCACUGCCUGAACAAGCUAAGCUUCUGGCUCUCAUCAAACAUGUACAGUCGAAAGGAUACCCCAAUGAACGUUUUGAACUCCUCACCAACUUUCCUCGAAGGAAACUUUCCCAUCUGGACUAUGACAUCACAUUACAGGAGGCUGGUCUUUGUCCUCAAGAGACUGUCUUCGUGCAGGAAAGGAAUUAGUACUCCCAGCCUUGCCCACCCAUGUUAUCUUUGCCUACAAUAUUAACUCACCAGUGUGCAGUUGGCUCCAUGGGAUUACAGAGCUGAAAUCAGGCAGCAGUUUGCUGGCUUCUCUUUUCUCUGCCUCCUUUCAUGCUACUCUUAGCAAAUGAACCAUAUGGAAACAACAGGAUAGGUUUGCUUGGCUUUGAUGCUGGAGGAAGUCAUGUUUGCUGUAUCAAAAUCAGAAGCGCUGUCUGUAUAUCAAGCAUGCUGGGGGCACUGAACAGCCAGAAUAAGAAAAGUUUCUCAUUCCCCUCAAAAAAAGAAAAAAAAGAAAUCUAUUUUCUUUAAUAUAUUUUAUUUUUCAACCGGUCACAUGACCAAAUAUUGUGGGUUUCUUUAGAGAAACAUUUCAGCAUGUGCUAGCUGCAUUGACAAACAGGUUUUUUCCCCAUGGGGUACCAACAUAUGCUGAAAGCCGAAUACUGCAUGCGGUGGCAAGUGCACACAACUGACUUGCCACAGGUUGGCAUGCACACAGGCUUUCAAUGCAGUUAGCACAUGCCCAGAUGCUUAUGUCAAAAGUCUUGCCCACAUGUGGAGAAAAAAAUGGAAACAGCUGAAGAUCCAUUGAUCCAUUGUAGCCCUUUGGGAGUCAUCACAAGCACAGUUCCCAGAAAGGCGCAAAAUGAACCACCUUAGAACAUAUGUUUGAGUUUAUUUGUAUGUGUUCCUUUUGUUGCAGAUGGGAUGAGUUGCUUUAAAAGAAGGUGAUGUAGUCAGUAGGUCUAGUAUAAUCUAACCGUUGUGCUCCUAACCAUCUGUGCUUGGUCUAUAGCUUCAGGGCUUCUUCUUUCCUUGUCACAAUUAAAACUGGGGGAAUGCGGGAUUGAUUCUCAUCUUCUGUCAGGAUUUUACCAUCAGUGGAAUAUGGCAAGGUACUGACCAUGAAUGUAAAACUUAUUAAACCUCUUCUGUCAUAA